AUGGCGGCGCCGGAGACGGAGGGGGUGGUGGGUACCGUGCCCGGCCCGGAACAGUGUCUCCUUCUGCUCUUCUGUAGGAUCUUUAUCAUUUGGGCCAUCAGCAGCUGGUUCCGCCGUGGGCCGGCACCACAGGACCAGACAAGCGCUGGGGGAGUACCCCGGGCUCCCAGCCGCAACCUCUUCCCUAAGGACACUUUAAUGGACCUCUACGUAUACAUCUCCGAGCACGAGCACUUUACAGAUUUCAACGCCAGCUCUGCACUCUUCUGGGAGAAGCGGGAUCUCGUCUACGGGGACUGGACCAGUGGCGAGAAUGCGGAUGGCUGCUACGAGCACUCCGCGGAGGUGGACGUUCCUGAGAGUGUGCAGCGGAACGGCUCCAUCUACAUCCACGUGUACUUCACCAAGAGCGGCUUCCACCCGGAUCCCAGGCAGAAGAACCUGUACAGGCGGCUUGCCACCGUGCACACAUCACGGAUGAUAAACAAGUACAAGCGACGGCGGUUCCAGAAAACCAAGAACCUGCUGACUGGGGAGACGGAAGCUGACCCGGAAAUGAUCAAGAGAGCUGAGGACUACGGCCCUGUGGAGGUGAUCUCGCACUGGCACCCCAACCUCACGAUCAACAUCGUGGACGACCACACACCGUGGGUGAAGGGCAGCGUGCCGCCUCCACUGGACCAGUACGUGAAGUUCGACGCAGUCAGUGGCGACUACUACCCCAUUCUCUACUUCAAUGACUACUGGAACCUGCAGAAGGACUACUUCCCCAUCAAUGCAUCGCUGCAGCACCUGCCCUUCCGCCUCUCCUUCUGUCCACUCUCCCUGUGGCGCUGGCAGCUCUACGCUGCCCAGAGCACCAAGUCCCCUUGGAACUUCCUGGGCGAGGACCUGUACGAGCAGUCAGAUGAGGAGCAGGACUCCGUGAAGGUCGCCCUCCUGGAGACCAACCCAUACCUGCUGGCCCUGACCAUCGUCGUGUCCAUCGUGCACAGCAUAUUUGAGUUCCUCGCGUUCAAGAAUGACAUCCAGUUCUGGAACAGCCGGCAGUCCCUGGAGGGGUUGUCCGUGCGGUCCGUGUUCUUUGGGGUGUUCCAGUCCCUCGUGGUUCUGCUCUACAUCCUGGACAAUGAGACCAACUUUGUGGUUCAAGUCAGCGUCUUCAUAGGGCUCCUCAUCGACCUCUGGAAGAUCACCAAAGUCAUGGAUGUCCGGCUGGAUCGAGACAACAAAGUUGCAGGGGUCUUCCCACGCCUGACCUUCAAGGACAAGUCCACCUACAUCGAGUCAUCCACCAAAGUCUACGAUGAUAUGGCAUUCCGGUACCUCUCAUGGAUCCUCUUCCCCCUGCUGGGUUGCUACGCCGUGUACAGCCUGCUGUACCUGGAGCACAAGGGCUGGUACUCGUGGGUGCUGAGCAUGCUCUACGGCUUCCUCCUGACCUUCGGCUUCAUCACGAUGACGCCUCAGCUCUUCAUCAACUACAAGCUGAAGUCCGUGGCCCACCUGCCAUGGCGGAUGCUUACCUACAAAGCGCUCAACACCUUCAUCGACGACCUCUUCGCCUUUGUGAUCAAAAUGCCCAUGAUGUACAGGAUAGGCUGCCUCCGAGACGAUGUUGUCUUCUUCAUUUACCUCUACCAGCGCUGGAUCUACCGGGUGGAUCUCUCGCGCGUCAACGAGUUUGGGAUUAGCGGGGAGGAGCAGGUCUCGCAGACGCCGCCAGCAGCUGCCCUGGCUGAUGGGGCUGUCCCCGCGCUGCCUGCAGAGCCUGCCAGCAGCGCCCCAGACGCCCGGACGGAGGGGCCAGCCAACGGCACGCUGGUAGUACCAGAGGAUGCGGGCACAGGCUCCCCGGGGGAGAAAACGGCAGAAGACAAGAAGAAGGAUUAACCCGCCUAACUUGAUUUUUAAAAAGGCCCAAGUUGACCCUGCGGUGGGGACCGGACAGAGCGAAGGCGGCCGCAGCCUCCCUCAGCUCCAAAGCUUUUCUCUUGUCCCCAGUAUGUGCUGGGGGAGGGGGCAGACGUCCCUGUGCUGUGCUGUGUCCGAGGGCGCGCCCUGUGUCUGUAUUUAACGUCAGCCCCAUCCCGUAAUCAUUGUGAGCUCCAUUCCAUUGUGGCGGUGUGUAGGACGUUGUCAGGAGUUGCUCAGAGUCGUGUCUCUUCCAUAACGAGAGCUGAUCCCCUGCGAGGCCCCAUCUCCUCGUUACACUCUACUACGGACUCUGGAUUUAAUAAAUUCAUAUGGGUGUUUAAGUUAAA